AUGCCUCGUCUUUGUGUCUCAAUGCUGCUCUGGGUCGUCCUGCUGGGUCUCCUCUCUCUAAUAGAUUUGGGGCGUGAGAAGCGCAGCAUGCCCAACUGGGCUCUGACCUCCUCUGACUUCUUCGGCUGGGUGGAGGCUCUGCGCGAGUACGCUGGUUAUGAGAAGAUUGAAGAACUGUCCAGAACCUUCUGGGCACACUUCCCCUCCGCCAGCCGCCUGGGCUAUGAGCUGUCCGACCCUGACGAGGAGUGA